AUGGCCGCAGCAGGAUACGCCGUACGGCUAUGUCUCCGAACAUGCCGCCAGGCGUCCGCCGCGCGACUGCUACCCACGGCUGGCCUUUCAAUGGCGCCACGCCGCGGCCUCACAACGACGGCGACAACGUGGGCGCCCGGCGGCGGGCGCAACCGGGGCUCGGCCAACCCGUACGAGCACCUCGAGGAUGCCUUCAAGGACCUUUCGCCAGAGCAGCUCAAGGCGCUGGAGGCGGCGAUCAGGGAGGACGAGGGCCCCGACUCGCCGGCGUCACUGAACGACUUUCUGUCGGCGGAGGAGCCCGAGCUUCGCAAGGAGCAGGCCUUUGACGCGCAGUACAGGGAGCUGAUCAGGCAGAAGCCGGCGCAGCGCUCGUCGCUCUUCUACGACGAGCUCGAUCCGGAGACGGUGACGGAGGAUACGGGCGCCGAGUUCGACGAAGACGACAUCACGUCCCUAGCGCACGGCAAGCUGGACGAGAUCAGGGAACACCGACACUACGCCCGCGUGGCCGCCUGGGAGAUGCCCCUGCUAUCGAAACUCGCCAAGCCGUUUGAGCCGCCGACGAAGGAGCAGGUGCUGCGAUACCGAUACACGACAUACAUGGGCGAGAACCACCCGGCAGAGAAGAAGGUGGUCGUCCAGUUCUCGCCGGCCGACCUGGGCUUGACGCCGGUGCAGGCGAACAAGCUCAAGAAGCUGGCGGGAACGCGGUACGACCCGGGCAAGGACACGAUCAAGAUGAGCUGCGAGAGCUUCGACCACGCCGCGCAGAACAAGCGAUACCUCGCGGACCAGGUGGACACGCUCGUGGCUGCGGCCAAGGACCCCAAGGACACAUUCGAGGACAUUCCUCUGGAUACGCGACACUACAAGCCGGUGGUUAAGCCCAAGUUCCCCAAGGCGUGGCGGUUGACGCCUGACCGUAAGAAGGAGCUGGCGGCGUUGCGGGAGCAGGCCAAGCAGCUGGACGCCGGCAAGGAGGCCGAGGGACAACUGGUGGACGGGCAGAAGAUGAUCGACGCGAUGCUGGGCGGGCCUUCCAUCGUUGCACAGCAGACGCUAAGCAAAGAGGCCAUGGCCGAGAUGUUGGUGGUCGCGCAGAGGCAAGCGGGGCCCAAGCCCGCAAAGCAGGGCAGAAACUAG